CUCCUACUGAGCAAGAUAUGUUGCGGCAGCAGCCAUAAAGUUUACUGCACUGAUUUCUAACACACUUAGAUUUACAUCAGCACAUUCAAACUGGCAAAACUACCUGUGAAAGCUUACACACAACAAUAUAUUGGGUGGAAGACAAGCCAAGUCCAUUGUGUUGGAACCAUGGUCGUUGGGAAGAAGUUGGCCAAAGAGUCCCUGCUGCCGUCUGUGCUGGAGGAUGAUGACGCGGAGACUGAGAGCGAGAGAGCGCAGCUGGGUGGGAUAGGGAGCCGACCACCCAGCAGACCCAGGAAAGCUUUCAGUAGGGGAAGUGUUGACCGACAGACAGUGACCCGGUCAGGGUCCGGCCGCCACUCUAGCCCUGAGGGGGAGGUGUCAGUCAGGAGUGAGAGAAAGGAGGAUGAGGAGGAGGAAGAAGAGGGCAGUGGAGUUGGCGAUGGAGACUCACAGGAGAGGGGGAAGGAAUGUGUCAUCACAGCUUCAGAUGAGGACUAUGACACAGACUUGGAGCUGGGAGAUGUGAAGGAGGCGUAUGACCCGACGGGCCAGACUCGAUACAGGGAGGCGUGUAGAAUGUUCAACGUAGUCCCUGUAUCCUAUUUCCUGAAACACAUGGGCAAUACUGAGCUAACCAUGAUGCACCAUGGCCUCGGGCCUCAGGGCACCAAAGCACUGGCGGUUUCCUUGGUAACCAACACUUCCCUCCUGAAGCUGAACCUCAGGGAUAAUUGCAUGGAAGGGACUGGCGGGGCUGCCAUGGCCGAGAUGUUAAAGGAGAACUGUUACAUCACAGAGGUGGACCUGGGGGAGAACAGGCUGGGGGAGUGUGGUGCCCAGACCCUGUCCAGUAUGCUGCAGGAGAACACCACACUGGUCUCACUCAGCAUGUCUGGGAACGAGCUGGCUGACCGGGCCGCACAACACCUGGCCCAGACCCUGACCUCCAACACCAAGCUGGAGACCCUAGACCUCAGUCACAACACCAUAGGAGAUGCAGCAGGUCAGGUCCUGGGACAUGCUAUCGCUGAGAACACAGGGCUGAAAUCAUUGAGUCUGGCCUGGAACUGUAUACGUGGGAAAGGAGCGGUGGCUUUGGCUAAAGGCCUUGGGGCCAACAUAUUCCUCAGAACACUGGAUCUGUCUUACAACGGCCUGGGUAAGGAUGGAGCCGUAGCUUUAGGAGAGGCUCUCAAAGACAACAACACUCUAGAGGACCUCAAUAUAAGUAACAAUCGAAUACCCCCUGAAGGUGCGAUCCGCUUCACCAUGGGCCUCAAAGUAAACAAGACAAUAAAAAAACUCAAUAUGGGGAGGAAUCCUAUACAGACUGCCGGGUGUUACGGAGUCCUGAAAGCAAUCCAGGGAAACGCAGAAUCAGCUAUGGAGUGCCUGGACUUUUCUGACAUAACAGUGAAUCAGGACUUUGAGGAUUUGUACGUUGCCUUAAAAGACAUAUUCCCAAACAUCAGAGUCAAACAUGGAGGAAGAAUCGACACAUUCAGAAAACCAAAGGCCUAAUGGCCUGGUUUGACCCAUCAAGAGGAUAUACUUUCUUCAAGACAGCAAAGCAUCUGGAAUAUCAGAUGUUUAUGAAUUCUAGGUGAAUUGAAUGGCACAAUGCAUUGACAACCUUUCUCACCUACAGCACCAAGACAACUUGUCAAUUGUAUUGAAGAACUACAGUACUUGUACUUUACAUCUUAGCUUGUGGAAGUGGGUAUUGAAUUUUUGGGAACAUCAUGAUCUGUAUAAAUGAUAUAUUGCUUUCACAUCCUAUCUGUACUGUGUACAUUUCUAUAUGGUCUGUGUUGGACCAUGUGUACAGAUAAUAGGGCCUACCCACCAGACCAUCACACUCAUAUUUUCAACCUGGACUCGGGGGUAGACGUUAUAUAGUAAACAAAAUCCUGGGCACUCCAAUUAGGGUGUGAAUGUUAUUUGUAAUUAGAUAGAGAAAAUCGGACCUCUCUGAGAUGAAAAUGGAUGGCCAUCCCUUCAGCGAAGUUUAUUUGACCUAAACCCUCCCUAGACAUUUGAAAAAUAACAAGUGACCCUCCCCUAUACCCAAAAGAAUAAUGAAAACCUAAAGUGGAUAGCAAAGAACAUCCUUACCUCACUUCUUGGACAGACCAGAGCCUUAUGCCGUUUUAGAAACUGUUCUUAGUCCUGUAAGCAUCACAUGGCAACACAUGGCUUGGGGUCCAGAAGAUUGUGGGUUCACAGACCACUAUGGACCACAGUAGGGGUGGGAAAAGUAUUGAAUUGAUCUAUCAUUGUAUUUCCAGGUCUGAGAGAAAAAAGUGCCUUUUGUAAAAAUGUCAUGCAAUUCUGCAUCAUUUUACAUACUGUAUUUACAAAAUAUUUUUUAAUACCACACAAAUUACUGAAAUUACAGGCUAAGAAUGGACAGAGAGAUAGGCCUAUGUGUUCAUCUUAUCAUAUUCCUCCAAUGCCAAAUCAGUGUGUCUUAUUUGCAAUGAAACUCUCCCUGUUUGCAAAUAAUGAAAUCAGAAAUGUCAUAAGGAAUCUGAGCAUGGUAGUUUCAAAAGUUAGGUCUACCUUUCCACCCCAGACAGUAGGCCUACCUUUCCACCCCAGACAGUAGGCCUACCUUUCCACCCCAGACAGUAGGCCUACCUUUCCACCCCAGACAGUAGGCCUACCUUUCCACCCCAGACAGUAGGCCUGCCUUUCCACCCCAGACAGUAGGGCGACUGACACAGACAAAUGUAAGCUUUAACUGCUGGCUACUCUUCUUCCUUGGCUUAACCCAACAGAGGUAACAAGUGUUUUCUAAAAGCUGUCUGAGUUUAAACAUCUUCUAUUGUACAGAAUGUAAAUAGCUUAAUCAAUUGAUAGUGACAGAAUUAGAUUACUUCCCAAGCAACCAUGUUCUGUCUCCUCGGCUAUAAAAGAUUGUAGCUCAGUCUCUGAAUGUCAAAGAAAUUAAACAAUGAUAUCCCCCAUAUGCAUUCAUGUCUUUCUGGUGUAUUUUACAGCUUGUUUCUAGCAUAAAGCAUUGCGGACCAAAGUGCUGUUAUUGAUCACUUUAUAACAUUUUUGCAAAAUCUUAAACUAACAAUGUGCCUGUGCUUUUUGCAUUUUCUUUAAUAAAAGGUAGGCCUAUGGCAUACCCUCUCAUACCCCGUCAA